CGUGUCUCGCGUAAUAACCUAACAUCACUUUUCGCGUACGUAUUUCGAGCAAAUAAAAAAUAAAUAAAAAAAAAAUAAAAAAAUAAAAAAAAAACGAGUCACACGUCGGUCGGUUUGUCAAUCGAAGGCAAUCAUCACGUCCGUCGCACGAAGAGUUUCCGUCCAUCGCGCGAUUCGAAUUUCGAAUUUUCAUCGUAGCAGCUGUGGUAGCCCUGCGAUGUCAGCGCCAUUUUUUUUUGCGCGCACAUCUGUCCAUCGAGCUGUCACAGACGGGGCGGACGGACGUCGUUCACGAGGAGCCGCGAUUUGUGACACGCGUAUAUAUGUAGUGUAUACAUAUACUACGGUAUACGUCAGAUUCGCGUGCGAUCGCGUUUAUACGCUCUCAUGGGGCGCGAGAUCCUCAGACGAUAAUCGGCCGCCGUAGUUCGGCGUUGUUCCGCGGGGCGCGGACCUUUUGAAAAGUGGAACACGUAGGCAACAGGUGUCCACGUUAAAUGCCGCCUGACAGUUGACGUUAACACGGGUCGUCGGGAACGAGCGAUCGAGUGCACACGUACACGCACGACAAUUAUUUGUAAAGAGAAUUAAUAAUCUAUUUCUCCCGACGACUGACAGGUACGCGUUCUCUUCACCGAAAGGAACAAUCUUGGGAGCAUCUUUGCUUGGGAGAGAUCGUCAUCGAGAUGAAUUACGACUAUCUGAUAAAAUUUCUGGCGCUCGGAAACUCCGGCGUCGGCAAAACGAGCUUCCUGUAUCAAUAUACGGAUGGUACUUUCAAUUCCCGAUUCGUGUCGACGGUUGGAAUUGAUUUUAAGGAAAAACGAGUGAUAUAUCAGUCGGCGAAUGGCAGAAGUCAACGAGUACACUUGCAGCUUUGGGACACAGCUGGUCAGGAGCGGUUCCGAAGUCUAACCACAGCCUUUUACCGGGAUUCCAUGGGUUUCCUACUAAUUUUUGACUUGACCAAUGAGCUGUCGUUUCUUGAAGUUAGAAACUGGCUGGAGCAACUUAGGACCCACGCAUAUUGCGACAAUCCGGACAUAAUCCUCUGCGGCAAUAAAUGCGAUCUUGAAGACAAGCGCGUCAUCAGCGAGCACAAAGCGCGAGAACUCGCCGAGAGACACGGCCUGGUUUAUCUGGAGACGAGUGCCGCGACCGGGCAAAACGUGGAGCGCGCCGUGGAAAUAUUGCUGGACCGUGUGAUGCGCAGAAUGGAAGCCACGGUGGACAAGUCGCUGUUGCCCCAUCAAAAAGUCCUAAGGUGCCAUGAGCGCGAAACACCGCCACCAAGUAGUUCCUGCUAUUGCUGACAGUGUCGAUACAUGUAGUCGCGUCCGAACUACUAUGUCGCCGAGAAUUUCGAAGAAAAAAGCGAGCGAUUACGAAACUGGCGUUUUCUCUGUUUUUGCAAAGCUAAUGUUGACUUUAUUACACAUAGACUCUAAACACAUGUUAAGAAGUUCGUUUUACGAGAGAGGUGCGUAUUGACAUUUCUUGUUAUCUUCCAUGUACUAAGUGUCUUCCAUCGUCGCUUUUCAUCAUUGAACGAAGACAUUGCUCGAAUCUUGACGAGCCGUCAAUCUACACAAAUUCUCGAUUAAUAUAUUUGUAAUACUUAAACGUUGAGGAUAAUUCUGUAACGGACAAUCGUGUCCGUUGUUUCCGUGUGAUCUUUAAUGAAUUGCUCUUUGCUGUCAAAUUUUCUUUUUAUAUCACUCUGUCGUCUUCCAAAUGUCGCUUGUUUACGAGUGACAACGUCAUUCGACUCAUACUUGAAGUUACAAAUCGAAGUCUUUCAUUCUAACAAAAAAAAAAAAA